CUUUCUAAACCCAAGGCACUGUAAGGACAAGGGUAGAAAACUAGACGGCAAGGGGUUUGUCUUUGAAAUCGAGAAGGCAAAAAGGCGUCGUAGAUGCUGCACAAAGUAGAGAGAAGUAGAUAAAGAAGGGUUGUGGGGCGUCCUUGUAAAACCCCAGCAGGAACCCAACGUCUAAAACCUCUGGCCGGCAACGCGGACUUAAACUCGGAACGCAAUUUCGGCAAGCGCAGUUUUCCCGCCGGAGCUCGGGUCUGAGCAGUCUUCCUCCUGCGCAGGCGCGGUACCACUUACGGAGCAUGGAAGCGGUGGCUUUUCUGUGCUUAGCAGCGGCGGUCCUAGGAUGGGGCUUCCUCUGGGUUUGGGACUCUUGGGAACGCAUGAAGGGUCAGAAGCCGGCUGGCUUGCCGGGAGAUGGAAGCAGGACCCUCCUGGUGAUCGCGCACCCCGACGAUGAAGCCAUGUUCUUUGCUCCCACUGUGCUAGGCUUGGCCCGCCUGAGGCACCGGCUGUCUUUGCUCUGCUUCUCUGCAGGAAAUUACUACAAUCAAGGGGAGAUUCGUAAGAAAGAACUUUUGCAGAGCUGUGAUGUUUUGGGGAUUCCACCCUCCAGUAUAAUGAUUAUUGACAACAGGGAUUUCCCAGAUGACCCAGGUGUGCAGUGGGACACAGAGCAUGUGGCUAGCACCCUCCUCCAGCACAUAGAAGUGAACAGCAUCAACCUGGUGGUGACUUUCGACGCAGGGGGAGUGAGUGGCCACAGCAACCACGUUGCUCUAUAUGCGGCCGUGAGGACCCUGCAUUCAGAAGGGAAGUUACCUAAAGGGUGUUCCGUGCUCACACUUCAGUCAGUGAAUGUGUUACGCAAGUAUAUCUCCCUCCUGGACCUGCCUUUUACUCUGCUUCAGACCCGGGAUGUCCUCUUCAUGCUCACCAGCAAAGAAGUGGCACAGGCCAAGAAAGCCAUGUCCUGCCACCGCAGCCAGCUGCUCUGGUUCCGCCGCCUCUACGUGCUCUUCUCCAGGUACAUGAGAAUCAACUCUCUGCACUUCCUCUGAAGCCUUGAAGAGCUUUCGGGUCCGCAGAAGAAAGGGAGAAGAACGAGCCCAGGAAGCCCGGCGCCUGGCCGUGAGCUGGCUCGCCUCCCCGGGGCCGAGGCAGACAGAGCUCUGCUCAUCCAUGCCGUGAGCCUCUAACAUAUGGGGGUGGGGGGGUGCGUGCUGGCCAACGGGUUGUCCAAGCUUGAGCUUCUUCGUCUGGGGGAAAAAAAAACCUACAGCAGCCCAAACCAAACAAACCCAAGGGUAAUAAUAGCCACCCUGCUAGAUCCUCAAGUUCUCGUGAAAAACAGGUUAUGUAAGGGCACAAUGUAUGUCAAACACAUAGCACAGAGCCUGCUAGGAUUACAAAUGAAGGCAAAAGUGUGCUGACAUCAUCGCUUUACAGAGGCCAUGAUGCAGUAUUUUUACAUCGUUUCCAAAGCAGCCUUGCCAAACACACACACGCGCGUACACACACACACACACACACACACACACACAC